AUGGAGUUCUUGGCAGCAUUUGGUGACCCUGACGCCACAAGGGCCGCCAAGCGGAAGAUCACCACCCUCACUCAGUCCGGCACAUGCGCGGACUAUAUCACAAAGUUCAGGACCUUGGCAAUGGAACUGGACUGGAACGACGCAGCCCUUCAAGGCCAGUUUGCCCGCGGCCUCCAUUGGGAGGUCAGCCGCCAAAUUGCAACCCGCAAACAUUGCCCCCGCACCCUUCUAGAGCUGCAAAACGCAGCACUUGUCAUUGAUAAUGCCCUCCGUGAGGAGCGUGCUAGCCAUCCGCCAAAGGAUAGUAAGACUAGCAGACCAUCUAACCCCGCAAGGGGGACAAGUACCAGCCAGUCAAGCACUGGUUCUAAGAAGCUCUCCGACAAUCCAAACUUUGUGUCGGAAGAGGAACAAAAUCGCCGCCGCGCCGCUGGCGCCUGCAUCAAAUGCGGCAAAAUGGGCCACAAGUUUGCGGAAUGCCGCACAGGCUGGAAGGCUACCCCUAUCAAGGAUAAAGGGAAAGCUAAAGAAACGGCCAAGAUUGGCAAAGACUCUGAGUACCAAUUGGGAAAAGAGUAA